UGGUCCCCUUUCCCUCCUUUGUACGAACCAACUCUCACCCAUUCCCCCCCCCUCUCUCUCUCUCUCACCCAGUACAACCGCCCCCCCCCUCCCUCUCUCUCAAUGGCUGUUCCAGCAUUAAUCUCCAUUGUCACUCUUCUACUCUUCUUCAAUAUAUGCACUCGCGAUGCGUACGCUGACUACGGAGGGUGGCAAGAUGCUCAUGCUACUUUCUAUGGAGGGGGUGAUGCAUCCGGCACAAUGGGAGGAGCUUGUGGGUACGGAAACUUGUACAGCCAGGGGUAUGGAACCAACACUGCCGCACUAAGCACCCCUCUGUUCAACAAUGGGUUGGCUUGUGGGUCAUGCUAUCAGAUCCAAUGUAAUAAUGCACAGGGGUGCAUCUCUGGGUCUAUUACUGUCACUGCUACAAACUUUUGCCCUUCAGGCUCUAAUGGUGGGUGGUGUGACCCUCCACGUGUACACUUCGAUCUGUCUGAGCCUGUUUUCUUACAAAUUGCCCAGUACAAGGCCGGAGUUGUCCCUGUAUCUUACAAAAGAGUGGCCUGUUCGAGGAAAGGAGGCAUAAGGUUCACAAUCAACGGCCACUCCUACUUCAACCUGGUUUUGAUCACCAAUGUGGCUGGUGCUGGUGACGUCCAAUCGGUGUCGAUGAAGGGGUCCAACACAGGGUGGCAAACCCUGUCACAUAACUGGGGCCAAAACUGGCAGAGUAACGGCUACAUGAAUGGCCAGAGCCUCUCCUUUCAGGUCACCACCAGUGACGGGAGGACCGUUACCUCCUACAACGUGGCACCCUCUGGUUGGCAGUUUGGACAAACUUUCGAGGGCGGUCAGUUCUAGGGUAAAGUUUGUAAAUGGGGAUUGAGUAAGAGGGGUUGGGGGUAGGUUUGGGAGUUAGACUCAUGGAAGUUGGAGUCUAUUGCUGUGGUGUACUGGUGGUUUUAACCAGCACCCGCUUAGGCCUAUAUAAUAUGUUUACAUUUUUGUGUAUACCAUUAGAUUGGGAGAUUUAUUAAGGCCAUAUGAUUAUCGGGUAGAUGAUGUUAUGCCCCAAGUGGGUUUAGAAACCCAGUUGUGGCUACUUGAUAUUAAUAGAUUUUAUAUCCCAAUAUAUAUUGAUCCAUUUCUGCA